GAGAAUUAAGAAGAAAAGUUAACACACAACGAAGUUAGGGGUAGGGAAAUAUGAUCUCAAGGCGGCUACCGGAUACAAAGUACAGGUUAGAAAGAAAAAGGAACAGGCAACUACCGUGCAAAAUGCUCGAGUUUUUUUUAUGUCGAAAUGGUGGCGAUACCACUUAUACCCGCGAAGGUGCAAAGAAGACUCGCAGUCGAAACGUCGCGAUCCCAAUAGCUUCCAUUCUGCCUUGCGUCUAUUCAGUAAUAGAUCACAGAUGACGUCAAUAUGCGGUACGAAGAAAAUAUUGGCAGACGCAUCGAUGACGUCACUACUAAGAAUAUUUCGCCCCUUCUGUGAUCAAUUACUGUACAUACCCACAGAAAACUGGAAUCCAUUUGUUUUAAAUGAUAAGAGCAUAGUGUUCUUAGUAGUGACGUCAUCGAUACGUCUGUUCUCCGACAAAUCAUAAGAACUAAUCAAAACGCGUGUAUAUCGCAUAAAUCCGAUGUCACUAAAUUGUGAGACAACCGAUUUUAAUUCUACCUCGUUACCAUGCUGAGAGGUCCCAUGAGAUAGCAAGGGCAUGUGCGAAACAGUGCAGUUUACCUGACUGUUUGUCCGUAAAUACUCUUCGCGAAACAACAUGAAUUCAGAGAAGCCGGAUGAGGGGAACGAUCGGAAUAUCUCCGAAGCUUCUAAAACAGCUCCGAACGACCGGUUAGCUGACUGGACCGCUGAGCUCUGCAAAGAGAAAGAAACCGCGGUUUCGGCACAAACACGUGUGGCUGGAGAUUCUGCUCGUUUGACUAAAAAGCCAAAGCCUAAGGGGACCAAAGAUCCCUCUUCUUCCCAAAUAAGAGAAGCUGGUCAAUCUAUAGAACCCUCAAAGAAGGGAGAUGGUGGAAAAACAACCAUAGGCACUCCCAGGAGAGAUGUGCGUGAAAAACCGCCAGGGAGGAAAAGCGCGCCAAAAGAUGGCAGCGAGCGGCAAAGCACAUCGGCCACUAUUACCCUUCCUAGAAAGGACGUAGCGACGACCCAAAUGGUUGCUAACAUUGCAGAAAUUUUAAAAGAUUCCUUCGCCAGCUUAUCGCAGAGUAUGAGCGAAGGAUUUGACAACUUGGGACAACUGUUUCAAGGCAGUCGCUCUGCUUACGUGUCACAAGGAAGUCGUUUUUCAGACGACCUCAGCUCCGCCGACUCUGAUGUGUCGCAAGUUGAGGAACCAGCAGCAAAGAGACCAAAAAGCGAUGACGCAGGUCAAAGCACCGAGAAUGAGCUCAUCCUAGGUCAACUUGAAAAAGACUUUGACUCAGCAGAACAUAAAGGAGCGGAAAUCAACACUAAUUUAGCUGCAAUCGUCUCCAAAUUACUGAAGGAGAAAAGUGAGGAAGACAAACUCACGGAAAUAAAGAAACGUUAUCCGGCGUCCAAAAAUUGUGAGGGAUUAGCCGAAACACGAAUUAACCUGCCAAUAUGGAAUAACCUUUCAGAAAAGGCACGUUCAGCUGACAUAAAAUAGCAGAAAGUGCAAAAAUCCCUUGUUAAGGGAGCUACAGCAGUGGUGUCAGUUGUAAAGAACUUAAUCACUGCUCAGGGGAUGCCCUCAAAAAACGAAGUUGUAAACAACCUCAUGCAUGGAGUACUUUUGUUCGCCAAUGCUAACAUGGAACUAAACGUUCGUCGAAGGGAAGCGCUUCGACCGGAACUCCAUGCCAGCUAUAGAUACCUUUGUGCACCUUCAAAUC